UGAGUCAAAGCCCUCGUUCCCCGGGAGCCGUAAUAUAGUGCCUUUAACUUGAGCUGAGAACAAAAGAAACGAGAGAUAAAAACAGAGAGAGUGUACAAAGAGCAGCGAAUUGAGAAGCAAACAUGAUUAUUCCAGUUCGUUGCUUCACCUGCGGCAAGGUGAUCGGAAAUAAAUGGGACACUUAUCUUGACCUUCUUCAAGCUGAUUACACUGAAGGGGAUGCCCUUGAUGCAUUGGGGUUGGUCCGCUAUUGUUGCAGGAGAAUGCUCAUGACCCAUGUCGACUUGAUUGAGAAGCUCUUGAACUACAACACUCUUGACAAGUCUGAUACUAGUUAAUGAAGCUUGUGGAGGCAGCGGUAGAACAGUAUUUUGGUGGGGGAACAGCACUUGCUGAACAGUAUUGGGGUAAAUUUUGGUGGGUUAGAGCUAUGGUUCUAUGAUAAUUGUAAUGAUACUGGAUGUGACGAUGAAAUGUUAUCCUGAGUAGUAGACAUUGUGGUCUAUUGAUUUCAUGAAUUAUUGACCAUCUACUAAUCUAAAAAAAGAUGUUCAUGUCA